AUGGUGCCCCUCCCGUUGUUCAAGCUCGCCUCUCUUCUUGUGCGGCACGUCUCCAAGUAUGGCGCGAACCGUAUCAAGGCCCAGGCCCAUGACCACCCGCGAUUCCGGGCGUUCGCAGCCAAGUACGGCCAGGCGAUCCACCAGCUCAACAUGAAGAUGUCCGUCGCCCUCCUCAGAGACCCCGAAGCAGAGCGACGAGCAAAGGAGAUUGCCGAAGCGCCUACAGUCAAGACGCAAGAGCAAGCCAAAAAAGACGAAGAGGCCAAGCAGAAGGCUAAGAAGAAGAACGAGCCCGAACCGGCAAACUAUCCCAGGUUUACGCUCCAAAACGUGUGGAGGCGUAAAUUCCGGCCAUUGCCAGAAGCCAAGGCCGUCGACCUGUUUGCCGAUGUUGCUGGCGACACGUUUAUACUUACCGUGGCGGGAACAUUGAUUAUAUACGAGUACUGGAAAUCGUCGCAAAAGCCCGAUGCCAACAAGGAGCGGUUUGAUGAGCUGAAUAGAAGGUUCGAAGAGCUCCAGAAGAAGGAAGAGGAGCUCGCAGAUGCCGAGGAGAAGCAGAGACAACGAUUCGAAUCUCUCGAGGAGGCUCUCAGGGCAUUGAAGGAUCCAAAGACGAAGCAGCCGCUGUUGCCCGAAAGGAUUGGGCAGCAGUGGUCCCAGCUCUUUCACGAACCACUGGCUCAGGUUGGAAAGGCGAGUCAAAAGCUAUUGAAACAAGACCCUGAUACCCAAAAGGCAGAAGCUGAUGUCAAUUGUUCGCCAGAGACAACUCUCGAUGGAUACGAUGUUUCUUUCGCAUUAGCACCGCAAGGCAAGCACCAUCAGAGCUUCUUCAGGAUCUUGCUGCUCUCAUCUGAAGAGGCCAAAACGACAGCUGCCAAAGCCAAGAUCGAACGGCUCUCCAUGCUCGACGGCGGAAAGAAUGUAGCUGUGAUGCUGCUCCUAGACCAGAGCGGACGUGUGGACUCCUUGGUAAUGCAGGGCAUCUGCCGCAAGCGCCCGUCCCUGACAGAAGAGCCCCCCAGCAUCGUGACGCACGGCAUGGCCUCCGUCCCCAUAAUCCCCAUGUCGUCUGCAGCGGAACUAGUCGGACGCUUGGAUGCCCUGCGCCGGCAAUGUGCCCAAGCCCAUACCGCCAGCGUUUCCCGUCGCAGUCGCAGCCGUGCCGAUGCGGUGGCAGAGAUACGCGGGCUCGCAUCGCAUUGCGUGCACGGCCAGGCUCUCCCUCGGGAACAUGUGGACAUCCUGACUGACGUUUCGGCGGGAUUGGGGAGCUUGGCACAGCUCGUGUUUAGUGCAGACGGACAGAGGAAGAUUUGCGACCUGCUCGGCGAUGCGCAGGGCGGCAGGGUGAUUUCAUUCUUCACGCAUGGGCACGAGGCCAAUCGCCGUUUGGGCAUCUGGGGACAGGCACAGCCAUUCCAGGGCGAGAGAGACGAACGGGACCGGUAG